UUGGGAUUUUUGUCUCGAAUGCCAAGUUUUCGAAGCCAGUCGUUUGAAAAUAGAAUGAAGAGGAAAACCAUAAUGAAAGGAAGGAGGAAAGGAUUGUUAGCUUAUGAGCAGCCUGAGGAGAAAUAAGUCCCCUCCUUUACAUAGGCCAAGAGUGUCUAAACUAGUUCGAGAAGCUUUAUCUAAGGCCAGCAGAGACCUCCAUGAAGAAGUGGAUGAGUUCCUCUCAACUAAAGGCAGUGGCUUCAAAGCCAAUUAUCAUAAUAACAAGCAUACCAUUUGGGAGUUUCUAAGCGAUUAUAUUAGUGAUAGGAAAAUGGAUGAUACUGUAGACAGCUUUAUCAAAUCUCGUAAGGGAGAAAAAGAGGUCUUAAACUUAUUAAGCAAUCCUCGCAUUAGUAAGCUGGCUUCAGGCAAUACCAAUGUGAUGAGAGCCUUGGUCAUGCAGAAGUUAAUAAUGCCUCGUAUAAAGAAAUAAAAACCAACCUGCCAGUAAAACAGAUUUCAAUCCAGAUUUUCGGAGAAAUACUGGAGAUGAACUCCAAGACUUCUUAAAAUAACACAAAAGAUUUUAAGAAAUUUAUGAAUAAAGCAAAAAUGAAGCAAAAGAUGUCCUUGUACAGACUAUUCAAGAAACACAAGCAUCGAAAUAAACUCAAGCGCAAGCUUGGACACCAAGGAACUAUCAAGAUUGGAGAUUUUAAGAUUAAGACUCAAGGAAUUGAGGAACCACAGAAUAGUUUACAUAAAAGGAAAAUGACUCAACCUCAAGAAAAUGAAUGGAUGAAAAAGAGAUUUGAGAGGCAAGAGAGCAUAGCAAAUGGUAUCAACCCUAACUUUUGGAGCUCCGAACGCAGAGAUGCACGACUCGGUUCAAUAAAUAGCCCUAGGUAUGAUAAUUUAAACAUUGAGGAUAUUAUGAUGAAAGAUUUGAUGUCUCUCCCAAAAAAACUUAAGAACAAAGUAAAAUCUCAAGAUCAAAGGAAAAAGAUGCAGCCUCCUCUAGAUUCAAAUCCUAUGUUUAAUCAAAUGCGAGAUAAAGUGAAGGAAAUGCAAAAUACUAUUAAAAAUGGCCGUAAAGCUUUUGGGAUUGACAAGAUCCCACAAAAUCUCCGGAUCAGCUUAAAGAAGAAAUCAGUAGGUACAAAACGCAACAUGUAUGGCCGAAAGAAACACUUUAAGUCAGAAUUCAUAGAUAACUUGUCUUCUAUGCUUCUUGAAUCAAGCAGUAGCUCAGAACAAUCUGAAACUACAAGCUACAGAGAAUCUAUUGCUCAACAAUACAAAAGGCGUCACAAUAUUGGCACUAGUUAUCAUGAACUUCCAGAUGAUAUUUUGUCCAACUUCCCUUCAAUGGCGCCGAUAAGAGAAGAGAAAAAGGCUAAAAUACUCCCUAAGCUAGAUAUUAGUAAUCCUGGAGUGAUUAUUGACAGCGAAUCUGACUUUGACAGCCAGAGCUCUAAACAAAGUGAGGCAUCAGAACAGAGGAAGACUUUAUUAUCUCCAUUAACAAAAGUAGUUGCGGGUGUGAAGUCAAAAUCUCCUCAACCGUCACAUAAAACAACCUUCUUUAUUCAUCAAAGCGGGACAAAAGGUUUUAAACGUAAGAGACGCAUAGAUACAAUUAUUAAGAAGACUGAAGCUAAGCGGAUUAAGAGAACCAAAUUCAAAAUUACUAGAAAGUUGGUCCUCUAGCUUAAUCUGAGUCACUAUUACUCCUAAGGCUCAUC